GUCACGCCCCCCCCCCCCCCGUGACGUCACGGCCCAGGGCUCCUCGGGGCCCGUUCGCCGCCGCCGAGCUCGCAGGCCCCCCCAUGGCGCUCCGCCUCGCCGCCCGGUUCCGGCGCCCGGCCCUGAGCGGCGUCCGCUGGGGGGGCUCGGCCCCCCCCACGCGUGCUGCCUUCGACUGGCGGGACCCGCUGGGGCUGGAGGAGCUGCUGGGCCCCGAGGAGCGGCUGCUGCGCGACGCCGCCCGCCGCUACAGCCAGGAGCGCCUGGCCCCCCGCGUGCUGCUCGCCAACCGGCACGAGGUCUUUGACCGGGAGAUCGUGACUGAGAUGGGAGCCCUGGGGCUGCUGGGCCCCACCAUCCAAGGUUACGGCUGCGCCGGGACCACCUCGGUGGGCUACGGGCUGGUGGCGCGGGAGCUGGAGCGGGUGGACAGCGCGUACCGCUCGGUGCUGAGCGUGCAGUCCUCCCUCGUCAUGCACCCCAUCCUCACCUACGGCACCCCCGCCCAGCGCGACCGCUUCCUGCCCGCCCUGGCGCGGGGGGAGCUGCUGGGCUGCUUCGGGCUGACCGAGCCCAACCACGGCAGCGACCCCGGGGGCAUGGAGACGCGGGCGCGCUACGACGCCGCCACCAAGAGCUACCGCCUGCGCGGCUCCAAGACGUGGAUCACCAACGCGCCGGUGGCCGACGUGUGCGUGGUGUGGGCGGUGUGCGAGGAGGACGGGCAGAUCCGGGGCUUCCUGCUGGAGCGGGGCAUGGGGGGGCUCAGCACCCCCAAAAUCGACGGCAAGUUCUCACUGCGCGCCUCCGCCACCGGCAUGAUCCUGAUGGACGACGUCGAGGUGCCCGAGGAGAACCUGCUGCCCCACGCCACCGGCCUGGCCGGUCCCUUUGGGUGCCUGACCCACGCUCGCUACGGCAUCGCCUGGGGCGCGCUGGGCGCCGCCGAGGCGUGCCUGGAGACGGCGCGGCAGUACGUCCUCGACAGGAGGCAGUUCGGGGCGCCCCUGGCCCGUAACCAGCUGGUGCAGAAGAAGCUGGCGGACAUGGUGACCGAGAUCGCCCUGGGGCUGCAGGCCUGCCUGCGGCUCGGCCGCCUCAAGGACGAGGGCAGGGCGGCCCCCGAGCUGGUGUCGAUGCUGAAGCGCAACUCGUGCGGCAAGGCGCUGGACGUCGCCCGGCAGGCGCGCGACAUGCUGGGGGGCAACGGGGUGAGCGACGAGUACCACGUCAUCCGCCACCUCCUGAACCUCGAGGCCGUCAACACCUACGAAGGCACGCACGACAUCCACGCGCUGAUCCUGGGCAGAGCCAUCACGGGGCUCCAGGCCUUCACCGCCGGCAAGGCAGAGAGGCGCGGCUAGGCGCCGCGCUGCCGCCGGGCGUUGUGGUGCGGCCGGCGACUCGGGCUCGCCGCGCGGAGGGGCUCAGGGCGCCGCUCAGGGUGCUGCGCCGCUCGGGCCCGGUGGCGCCGACGGGACCCGGCGUCGCCGCCCGGCCCCGGCAGCCCGGUUCUACCUCGGUGACCCCCCCCCCCCCCCCCGGUGCCUUCCCCCUCCGUGCGGCGCCGCCGGCCACCCCAAUAAAGGCUGGAGAAGC